CCGCCGCGAAAAGGGGUUGCAUAAUGCAACAAGUAUUCGGUCAUAUGAGAAAGAGCAUAUGUCAGCCAUUUUGACGUUUAUAUGAAAACAAAUGAGCGAUGUCCUGCGGAAAUGAUGUUAAUAACAAAGAAGGCAUAAAAAAGGGCGGAAAAAAGUUGGAAAAGGUUGCCAUUAUUAAAAAAGCGAGAAUUACUGGGGCUGAGUAUGUAAAUCAUAGGGGGAUGCUGGUUCCUGCAAGGGGACAGGGGGAAAAUUGUCGGUGCAUGUUCAAAUGUUUUGAAAGAUGUACAACAAAAGAAAGACAAGAAAUCCUGGAAAAAUUUCGUCAUUUAUCGUCAAAAAAUAAGCAAGAUUCAUACCUACAAAGCCUGUUAGAAUUCAGCGCCCCAAAAGUAAAGAGACCAAGAAACUUGGCUGAACCUCGUCCAAGAAGUUUCACAUUUAAAUACUACCUAAACUGCACAAAUCGAAUUAUGGUUUGUAAGAAAGCUUUCGUAAGUAUACAUGCCAUAACACCUGCAAGAGUAAGGCGUUUGGGUCUUUUACUUACAAUGGGGAAAGAACCUGAUGAUAAGCGGGGUAAAAAUCCUUCUGGAAAUGCCAUUCCGGAGCAUAAAAUCCAGGAGAUAGAAGAGCACAUAAAAUCAUUCCCUGUGAAAGUGUAUCAAGACAAUAAGUUGUAUUUAAAUGAACAAUUAAAUGUUAAAGUGAUGUACAAACUUUUUCAGGAGAAGUUUCCAGAUACUAAGGUUUCAUAUAAGUAUUAUUUAAAGAUUUUUAAGGACAGAUUUACACUUAGUUUUGGUAGACCUCAGGAGGAAAAUUGUGAUUUUUUACCAAUAGAACAUUUUUUAGCUGUUGAGUUGUUGGAGAGAAAAAAGUGAUGUUAGUCUGGUCAAAAAUACUUUUUAAGUUUUUUUUGUAUUGUUAUAAUUAA